AUGUACGGAUCGGAGACUUGGGCAGCACCAUCUACGGUGAUCGAGAGGCUUGAUUGCACGGAACGAAAGCUGCUUAGACGGCUACCUGGCUACUUUUGGCCUGGGGUAUGCCACAAUGAAGAUCUUUACGCAGAAAUUGAUGUGGUGUACCGGUGGAUGACACGUAAAAGAUAUCAACAUCUUGCAUCGCCAUCGAAAGUGGCUGAAGUAAAUCGUCUUCGCUUCUUUGCUCAUAUAUUACGGAGACCGGCAGAUCGCCUUGUUCAACGAGUCCUGAGGAGUUUGUCAUGUUCGAGCUGGAAGAAACCACCUGGCCAAAAACGGAAGUUCUGGACUGAGGUGGUGAAAGAGGAUGUGAGGACACUCGGCGUGGAUAGGCAGUUCAGGCAAGACAUAAGUUUCCCAGAAUGUGAAAUAGCGACGAAUGGAUUGAUUCUGUGGAAGCUCUCGCAGAAGAUCGAGGAGGUUGGGCAGGGCUGUGUUCAGGGACGCUACACCUCGGCGAAGAAGCGGGUAAUCGCGUCAGGCGAUGACAUCAGCCUACCGACUAAAUCAAAUCUUUCGGAUAGAGGGAUUAAGGGAAGCCCCAAAUGCAGAAUUUCCCCUAUCCGGGCUGACUGA